UCUCUGUCUCUUGACUAUCAUGGCGGAGCCUACCAAACAGCAGACUGAGCAGGUCUUCAAGAUCCUCCGCUCACAAAAGGCGAACAAGGUUUGCUUCGACUGCAAUGCGCGCAAUCCGACGUGGUCCAGCGUCACUUUCGGCGUCUACAUAUGCCUCGACUGCUCGAGCAACCAUCGCAACAUGGGCGUACACAUCUCCUUCGUCAGGUCCACGAACCUCGACAGCUGGCAACUCGCCCAGCUGCGCAACAUGAAGGUCGGCGGGAAUGCCUCUGCAACAGAGUUCUUCACCAAGAACGGCGGCGCGUCCCUCCUCAGCGACUCGGACACGCGCAAGAAGUACAGCUCGCCGAUUGCGGAGCGCUACAAGGAGGAGCUUGCGCGGCGUGUGCGCGAGGAUGCAGCCAAGUUUCCCGACGGCAUUCACAUUGAGGGCAUGGAGACUGCGGGCGCGACGGCUGCAACUCCUGCAGCGAAGGCCGAUGAGGACGAUUUCUUUGAGUCUUGGUCAAAGCCCGCCACACCCAAGUCCUCCGCCCCCUCUACCCCACGCGUGUCCACUCCACCCGUCAUCGGCCGCGCAGCCUCGCCUGCCGUCGCUAGCCAGCCGGCUGCUGCCCGCCCCGUCGCGUCCUCCGCCGCCCGCCCGUCCAAGCUCGGUGCCUCUCGCCUCAACUCUGCCUCCUCCACCUCGUCUGCGGGUCCGAAGAAGUCCAAGCUCGGGCUCGGUGCAGCGAAGGCGAAGCCCGUCGACUUUGAGGCCGCGGAGCGUAAAGCCCUCGAGGAGGCGGAGCGCAUCAAGCAGCUGGGAUACGACCGCCAGCGCGAGGAGGAGGAAGAGAAGGCGCGCAAGGAGGCGGCUGCGAAGAAGGCCGCUGCCGACAUAACUGCGAACAAGGCCGCCUACACGCCCGCCGCUGCCUCUGCACCCGCCGCCGCCAAAGCGUCCCCGGCCUUCCCACGACUAGGCUUUGGAGCGAUCCCUGGAGCGGGUGCUGCCGCCGCGGUCGCUGCUGUCCCCGCCGCACGGGCCUCGCCUGUCGCAGACGAUGCACCGACGACAGCUCGCGAAAAGUUCGGCACACAGAAGGCAAUCUCGUCCGACAUGUACUUCGGCCGCGGGGACUACGAUCCGACUGCAGUCAACGAGGCGCAGACGCGGUUGCAGCAGUUCAAGGGCGCGACGAGCAUCUCAUCGAGCCAAUACUAUGGCCGGGAGGAAGAGGAGGAGCUCGGCAUGGGCUCCCGGGGCGUCGUCGAGGGCGACGGCAGCCUGGCAGGACUGGAGGCAGCGGCGAGAGAGGCGAUGACGAGGUUGAUGGCGAACCCGGACGUACAAAACCUGGGCGAAAACAUCAGGACGGGUGCGCUCAAGCUCUCAGACUACCUCGCGCAGAUGUCGGAGCGGUAGACUGUGUGGUUCGGUUGACCCAUUGCUUGGUACAUGGUGGACGUUGCCUGUGCCGGGUACCCAUAUGUUAUCGUGGAUAUGUCGCUCGCUUAUUUAUUCCCUCCUUUUGGUCUGUCUGCGUUGCUCUUGAGUAGAAUGUGGAUAAGGGGACUUCUAUGCUAUGCAGGUCUGAGUGUGGCGAUUAUUACGAGGUUCCAGGAGUGAGAGUGGCC